GGGUGUCGGUAGUUAAAGCCGCGCGUGCACUGGUUACAAUCCCCUUAUGACAGAUAGUAAUGGAUUAACGGUGUAAAUGUCGUGAUUACAGCGCCGCCCGGAGCCCGUCUCGCCGAAUGGCCACGCUGUGGUCCAAGAUCUCUGCCGCCCUGCCUCGCGAGGAGGACGAGUUUCCGCUGCAGUUCGGCGACAACGUGGAUUCCAGCGUGGUGGAGAUGCUGAAGCGGUGUCGGCGGCAGCUCUACGGCGACGCCGACGCCGCCGGCCGCGCGCUCAACGCUCAGAUCGUCGUGGACGUUUCGUGGGAGAAGCUCAACACGGGAACGUGGCGCCACGUGGACAAAGAGUGGAGACGCGUCUAUUCCUGCGGCUGCCUGUUCAAAGCGGCCGCGCUGUGCCGCGACGACCCGUCGGCGGACGAGGUCCAGCGGGCCGUGAGGGCCUGUGACAUGGGUUUGCUCAUGGGCGCGGCCAUCAUGGACGACGUACUUCAGGUCAUUGUCCGGAUCCUGCGGGAGGUCAGGAAACCCACGGAAUCAGAAGAAGAAAGUGAACACGCCGACAUCAAGAGAAUGAAGACGGAGAUCCCUCGUGUUCCCGUGAUCAACGAGGAGACGGCGAUUCCCCGGAUAAAGUGUCCUUCGCUGGAGAGCUUUAGAACCAACUACCUGCUCCCACUCAAACCAGUGGUUCUGGAGGGGACCAUUGGGCACUGGCCCGCCCUCAACCAACACCCCUGGAGCAUCGGCUACUUGAGGUCCGUGGCCGGCUGUCGGACGGUUCCCGUGGAGGUGGGCUCCAGGUACACGGACGAGGGGUGGUCCCAGACGCUGCUCACGGUCGACCAGUUCAUCGAUCGAUACAUCUCCAAUACGGAGGGAGUGAAGGGUUACCUCGCUCAACACCAGCUGUUUGAUCAGGUACCCGAGCUGAAGGACGACAUCCGCCUUCCGGAUUACUGCUGCCUGGGCGAAGGAGACGAGGACGACAUCACGGUGAACGCGUGGUUCGGGCCCGGAGGGACGGUGUCUCCUCUCCACCAGGACCCUCAGCAGAACUUCCUGGCGCAGGUGGUGGGAAGCAAAUACAUUCGCCUCUAUUCCCCAGAGGACACCGACAAGCUGUACCCUCAUCAAUCAAAGCUCCUUCACAACACCAGUCAGGUGGAGGUGGAGAAUCCGGACGCCGGGCGCUUCCCGGAGUUCGCCCGCGCUCCGUACCUGGACUGCGUGCUGCAGCCCGGAGACGUGCUGUUCAUCCCCGUCCGACACUGGCACUACGUCCGCUCCUUGGAGCUCAGCUUCUCCGUCAGCUUCUGGUGGUCGUGACUGCGGAAAACAACAACAACAACAACAACAAAAAGUUUGGUUUGUUUUUAACUUGAGUGGAGCUUGUUUUUCUGUGGAGGGAUUUGUUUUUUAAACU